AUGUACAGUCUGCACUUGCAGUACACCGCGCUCACCUUCCACCCGCAUGCCCUCCACGGCCAUCUCCUGCCACCCAGCCCAGCGACCCCUCCAUUCCGCUGCCGCUCACCACCAUCUCCAGCUCUUGCGGCGGCCGCCGCAGGGCUCCGUUUCGCCUAUGCCCCCCGCGCCUCCGCCGCCGGAAACCCACGCCCCGAACCGCAGGAUGAGCCCGGGCGGAAGGGCGGGUUCUGGGCCAAGUGGACGGUGGAGAGCGCGGAAAUGAGGGCGAGGGUGGCCAAGCUCGGCCUGGCCGCCGUGCUGGCCUACGGGCUGUUCGACGCCGUCACCUACACGACCUUCUUCGUGCUCGCCUUCCUCGGCUACGAGAAGAGCACCGGCAAGAACCCCGCGGCCAACCUCAAGGCCUUGGUGGGGAUAGUUAUCCUAAUGUGGACUGGUAACAAUGUUACGAGGCCGUUCCGAGUUGCCGGCGCUGCUGCUUUGGCACCAGUAAUCGACAGAGGGUUGAAGGGUAUGCAGGAGAAACUUAAUCUUCCGAGCCAGAUGUAUGCUUUCCUGCUUGUAGUUGGAACUGUGGCUGUGGUAUGCUUCACAGUUGUUGGUUUCCUGAUCCUCUCAAAAUGGGGAAAGUGAAGACCGAAGUGUCAAUCCUACUGUGGCAACCAUAUUUGUUCAAUUCCUGGCCCUGGCAUGGUCAUGUUCUCCUUUAACAUUCAAGUCUAAUAAGAGAAGAUCCUCAGUUUUUGGCGUGCAUUUGACAUUCUUAGCCUGCUGACUUUGUACAUGGUAGAGCUGAAAAUCUAAAUUGUUAUCAUUAAGAUUGUCAUCAGAUAUGGCUUUCAUCAAAUGUUCACUGUU